AUGGAGGGAUCAACUGGCAAGCUACACAUCGAAAAUGAAUCAAGUUCUCCUGGACCAUCAGCUGCAGACAUGGACAGACUGAGGUCCACUAAAGAAGAAACUGCAGACAUUAACAGACUGGAGUCCACUAAAGAAGAAGCUGUAGACAAGGAUUGUCCAGGCUCCUCUUCACCAUCAGCCACAGAACUGAACAAUCCAGAUGCCUCUAAACCAGCAGCUUCAGAAAUGAACUGUCCAAACUCAAGUAAGCCUCCAGUGACAGUAAUGGACUCUCCUGACUCCUGUAAAGUAUUAGUUUCAGAAAUGGACCACCAACGUUCAUCCAAAGCAUCAAUGGCAGAUAUGGACUGCCUCAUCUGCUUCAACAGGUAUCACAUUUACAGGAGACCUAAGCUCCUGGCUUGCCAACAUGCCUUCUGUGAAGUCUGCCUCAAGCUCAUCCUUCAGAACGAGGACAAUACCUGGAUGAUCACCUGCCCUCUGUGCAGAAAACCCACUGUUGUGUUUGGAGGGCUUAUCCACACCCUUCUUGAUAAAGAAGAUAUCGUAGGCCGUUUGGAAAGCCCUUGUCCAAAUGCUGAGAUACACCUCUCUGCUGAAGGGCUACAUGGCACUGGUGGUACUCAAUCCAGCCAUGCCACUGUCUGUGAAAACCAGGACAUUCCCAGUAUCAAUCAAACAGCUGUCCAAAGACUUGUGUUGCUCUUGCUGCUUGUGGUGAUCCUGAUCAUCCUCGUACUCCCAUUUGUGUACACUGGACUGAUUAAAUGGGUCCUCUGCCUUGUGCUUAUAUUGGGGUUGAUCAUGUCUUUGGUGCUUUGCUGCAACCCUAACUUCAAUUGCAGCUCUUUGGGGAUUUCAAUUCCCUUCUUCCACAAGAAAGAGAGCCACGUUAUAUCCAUUGCCUGA